CAUUAAAAAUUGACAUAAGUUAUAUUAAAAAUAUAUAAACAAUUCCGAUCAAUAAAGCAAUGUCAGCAAAUCUUUUUACUCUAUAAAGUGUCCCAUUUUUUACUUCUUUAUACAAUUAUUUAAAAGCUGUUACUAACUAUUUGCUAUUAAAAGAAACCCUGGCCUCCUUACACCCUUAAACAAUCUGAUGGUAUAGCAUCAAAAGAAAUUUUAUUUUAGUUACAAUUCUCCAACGAACCAAAUCACAUCUCUUAUGGUAAUUAAAAAAAUAGUUUAAAAAUUAACAAAUUAAAUUUAAAAUUAAAAUAGUGUUCAUUGCUGAAAAUAAAUACAAAUAUUCGGAAUCGAAUGACAACAGAUUAUCCAAAGUUAAUUAUAAUUUUGUCAAGAGAAAUUUCAAGUUUUUCUUGAAUAUAAAAAAGAAUAGCUAAGAAAAGUAUUUAUUUGUAACAAUGACUCGUACUCCUCGUCGUGUCCCUUCUUCAACAACAAAACCAGUGACUUUUGGCCAACCAGUAAAUCAUAGCAAUAAUGAAGAGGAAUUCGAAAAUGUACGAGUUACGCGAUCUAAUAGAGAACCAAUAACUUCUUACAGUCAUUAUAGUGCGGUACAAUUUCAAAGAGAAUUUAAUAAUCGCUAUAAUACACCUUUCGUUGUUGAAUAUCCUAUUGCUUCUGAAACUGUAAAUCAGAUUAUUAAAAAACCUAAAUCUUGGGACGUAAAUCGAUAUGCAACAAAGAAAACUAUUGCUCAAGGAAUGCUGGACAUUGCCUUACUUACUACUAAUGCAUCUCAACUGAAAUUUAUCCUUCAGGUGGGAAGUCAACACGAAUUUUAUACACUAAUGCUGACACUGAUUGGUAUUUCAAUAAGUUUACAGCUCCUUCAAGGCAUUCUUUGUGUACUACUGGGAUCGAGCUUUGAUAUAAACAAAGAGAAUCAUCAACGAAGGGCGAAUUUGUGGAACGACAUUUGCAUGUCAAUGAUGGUUUUAACAGUCGCCGUUAAUGUGAUAUUAUCUGCAUUUGAAAUGCGUGACACAAAUUAUAUUGAAUACAGAUCAGUAAAGAGCGCUAUUCCAACAGAAGAGGAAAAAGCGUGAACAAAAAAAUAAUUGUAAAUAAAUCAAAAUUUCUUAUUCUUUUAUAUCAAAAAAUUAAAUAAGAAUUAAUCUGUAUUAUUGUACAGACUUUGAAUUUUUAACAAAUAACAAUUUUUACAUCUA